CCGCAAGCCUGCCACGACGGCGCGGCUCAAACAGGGCUGCCACUCCUACGGAUUUUUCCGUAGAUCUACGGAAUUCAGAAGAUACCUACGGAAUCUCCGAUUUUACUUUCAAAUCUACGGAAUUUUAUAGAUUUCCGCUUGUAUUUUAUUUAUUAAAUACAUUUUUACAAUGCCAAUGCCAUCCAGAUAUAACUGAUAUAAAAUCACUCAAGUAACAUAAAAUUAUAAUAUUAUAGUCUUAAUAUUGAGCGCCAUCUGUAUAUAGUCGCGAAUAGUAAAUAAAAUAAUACUUUUGGGUUUGUUUCCAGACUGUUUUUAAAAUAAAAACAUAGAUGUCACACUAAUCGUGAUGUCGUGACCUUAUUUUCUGGGAAUUACAGCCUACUAUGAAUUCUAGAAAAAUCUUUGUUUGGUCGUAUUUUGUACGUAAAAACAUAAGUUGGGCUGAGCGUGAUUUGUGAAUCGUUUUUUACAACCGUUACGGAAGUACACUAGCAAUACGGAAUAAAAAACAAGUCGAUUAUCGUUUCAGUGAAUGUAUUUUUUUGAUUUUAUAUGUACUAAGUAUCCUUAGCGGCCUCUGUUUCGAUUUUAAAAUGAGCAGUGACGAGUAUGAUGAUUCGGAUUUGGAAUCUCCCGGUCCCAGUAAACGACAAAAAGUUCGAUAUCAACAAAAAUACAACAUACGUUGGGAACAGAAAUUUAGCUGGAUAUCCGAAAGUUCAAAAGGUAAAACCUUAUUUUAUUGCAAAUGCUGUAGAGAUGAUUACGUCGGGGGGGUCACAGAAGCUACAAGACACGAGCAAAGUAAGAAACAUCAGACAAAAUUAAAAUCCUCAAAAACUCAGCGGUCAGCCUCAAGUUUCUUCUCAGUGAAUAGUGACCACGACAAUCAAGUCCAGACGGGUGAAAUUAGAAUAGCUGCUUUCAUAGCAGAACAUAAUUUACCCAUAGUGGUCGCUGAUCAUAUUCCUCAACUGAUUCAGUCUAUAUGUCCUGAUAGUAAAAUUGCAAAAAGUAUUUGUUGCGGGAAAACAAAAUGCACCGGCAUUAUUAAAAAUGUAUUAGGAAAUUAUAAAUUUACCGAAGUAGUUAAUUUGUUACAAAAACAAAAAUUUUCCUUGUUAGUUGAUGAAUCUACAGAUAAAGGUACCACUAAACAUUUAGCGUUAGUAGUGCGGUUGCUUCAAACUAACAUAACAGUAGAUUUGUUUUUAACGUUAAUACCGAUUAUAGAUGCAUCUUCACUACAUUUGUAUCAGGCAAUAAAAAAGUUUUUUAACGAUCAAAAUAUACCUUAUUCACAGAACAUGAUAGGUUUUGCUGCAGACGGAGCAAAUGUUAUGAUGGGUGGAAAUCAGUCUGUAGCAAAAUAUAUUACUGAUGAGAUACCAAAUAUCUUUAUAUUAAAAUGUUCUUGUCAUAGUUUUGCACUAUGUGCGUCAUAUGCCUGCAAGAAACUACCAGAAUCGGUAGAAACCCUGGUUAGGGAAGUUUAUAAAUAUUUUAAGUACAGCACAAAAAAAGCUGGACAUUUUAAAGAGUUUCAAGUUUUUUGUAACAAUAAGCCACAUAAGAUGCUGCAACCUUCACAAACAAGGUGGCUUUCCUUAGUUGCAGUAGUGAAACGAGUGUUAGAACAAUGGGAUGCUCUUAAACUGUUUUUUCAAAAUGAAGUGAUUGAAGACCCUCGCAAUGAAUUAGCGAAAUUAAUUAAUGAAAAAAUGCAAAACAUUUUUUGUAAACUUUAUUUACAGUUUUUAGAUUUUAUUCUUCCUUAUGCCACUGAUCUAAAUAAGGAAAUGCAAUCGGAAAAGCCAAAAAUAUGUAAACUUUAUUGUAGUAUAGAAACAGUGUAUAAAGUUGUUUUGCAAUUUUUUAUUAAAGACGCCGUUUACGAAAAAAAUAGAGAUGUUUUUUAUAAAAUUGAUAUUUACAAUCCACAUAAUCUUAAAAGUAUAGAUGAUGUAGACCUUGGAGCUACUGUUAUGGUUUAUAUAUUGCGACACCCGGAUGUCCCGACAAGUGAACUUAACAAAUUUAAACUAUCAUGUUUAGCUUUUUAUCAAGAAUUAAUGCAACAAAUUUCUGACAGAUUUCCUUUUGAAAAUAAUAAAUUAAAAUAUCUUUCCUCUUUAAUACCAACAAACAUAAAAAACAAAAAAAAUAUGUCCUUUGCUGCCCUUAUCAACCAUUUUCCUAUUGUUGGUGAAAAUAAUGUCAACGAAUUAGACAGGGAGUGGAAAAAACUCUUAAAUAUGUCAGAAUCUGAAUUAGAUUUUACAGAUGACUUUGAACAGUUUUGGAUCAAUGUAUCUUUAUUAAAAAAUAAUAAUGAUGAAAUGAUGUUUCCCUUAUUAGUAAAACUGGUAAAUCAUAUUAGAAUUUUACCACAUAGUACGGCAACAGUGGAAAGAAUUUUUUCCGCAAUUAAUCUAAAUAAAACGAAAACUCGAAGUUCAUUAAAUACAGACACGCUUUGUGGAAUGCUCCAUACCAAAAGUUUUUUUAAAAACGCCAAUGAGGUGUGCCACAAUUUUCCCAUCGAAAAAGAAUUGUUAAAAAACGCCAAAAAAUGGAAAAAUGUGGAACGCGACAUUGAUGAUUAGAAAAAAAAAUUCUAGGGUUUCUAUACCGCUGGUUUUUACUUGAAGAUUAGUACAUAUUUAUUUUUUUGUUAUUUUUUAAAGCUUUGAUGAGUUCUCUAUUUAACAUUUAUGAUGCUGUUAUUUUUAUAUUGCUUUUUUAAAAUAAAACUUUUUUAAUAAGUCUUUUUUUUAUUAAGUUUUCUAAUAUUAGUACUAUUACUAUCCUAAUUUAUUACUAUCCUAAAAACGGCGUAUCGGCGUAACGGCGUAACGACCUUGAAUAGAUU